GGUUCAGAAAAUUACAAAGACCGGAAGAGAAUCAAAGCAUUGUAAGAACCAUACCGGUUAAGGGCCAACAAACAGGUAUACAGUACUUCCCUUUGUCUAGCACAUGACACAGCACUGAACAUGUGGACUUUGUUAUUUGUAGUAUUUGCUACUGGAUCACCAGCUCUACUUCAGGCAGCCCCGCUUCAGGGUUCCAGUGGCAGAUGCAGCUUUGCCAGUGUUUUCCAUGUUGAGGGAACCAGCCGUUCCUCUCUUACUUUCCAACAGGCUUUGGAAUUUUGUCAGAGUUUAGGUUACAAACUCGCAACACAGGAACAGGUCAAUGAGGCUUAUAAAAAAGGCUUGGGAACAUGCAGAUACGGCUGGAUAGAUGGACAAAAUGUCAUGUUCCUCCCACACGUUAAUGGUCCGAACUGUGACUCCAGUUCCAACGAGAUCACCUUCCGUCCUGAAGCAGCAGAUUAUCUUUCUGAUGUCUACUGCUUUAACCCGUCAGAUGCAUCACUAAACUGUGAUGAUACUGGUAAAUCUAACUCUGAGGGCUUAACCAAUGGAAACACAGCCACAGCAAAUGACAAAACACAUGAAGACAUCCUUACGGAGGUCGAGACUGAAGGCUUUCUAGUAGAUUUGGAAGAAAUCAUGGGAAGAGUAAAAAGAGAAAAUUCUUUUUUGAAACCCUCAACUGUGCCUGCCUUGGAAGGACCCUCUACAACGACACACAGUGAAGACAGCAAAGGCCCUACAAGCAAGAGCUCAUCCUCUGUUACCUCCAGUCUUUUGUUCCCUGAUACAGAGGGCAGUGGAUCAGGAAUGAAUGAGGCAGCUUUUGAAGUUCCUAAGCCUAGUCAAUUCACAAUGAUGUCAGAGGCAGCUGAGGGUACAUCCAUAAAAAACAUCAAGGAGAAAAUAAAUUAUGCAAAAGGCCGAAUAUUGGAUGCCAAACUUCCAGACAAAUCAAAUGUUGAAGGCAAUUUAUCUCCAUUACCCAUUCAAAAGGAUGAUGGACCAUCUACUUGGCUGAUAAUCUUCACAUUCUGUGUUGUUGUUGGAGCCAUAGUGUGCGUCCUUGCUGCUAUUGCUACUAGAGACAAGUGGUAUGGACCAAGACAGAGCAGAAACAUCACAACUGAAGUGCAGGACAAAGACUACAGUAAAACAGAAACACUGCCACUGUCAGACAAAGAGCAGGAGAUAGUGGCACUGAUGACUGUUGAGAAGCUGAAGAAUGGUAAAAAGGAUGACCUUACUGCUACCUGUCUGGAUGAGCAUGAGAAAGAGUAUUUAAUGUAAUGUUUUAAAUCCUGCAUACUGUGUAUUAACAGGUUUAAACUCUUCUGUACUUUUUAUUUGCACUAGUGAUGGUUUUUUUUUUUCUGCUCCGAUUCAGAUUUUUAGUGCAGUUUGUUUCCAUUUUUAUUGCUUCAGAAUUUAAAAAAAAAAAAAAAGAUUCUUGUAUUUCACAUUUCUUUUCUAAUGUAAAGUAUUUUUUUUUCUCUCCAAUAAUAGUAAAUGCUUAUUAUAUCUUAAUGAUUGAUGGUUAAUAAUGAUAUGGUGAGAAAACAUUUUUAUACUGGUUUUCAUCUGUUUGUAAGUACUAUGUACUGUGUGAGAUAUAAUGCAUUUUUUAAUAGAAACUUUGAAUUUGAAUAGAGAAACCCUAUGCAGUUUGUAAUGCAAUGAAGCAAAUGUAAAUCUUUCCAUUUAUUAAAUUACCCAUAAAGAUGUAUUUUUGUCAGCUCUUAGAGCACAUUAAUGUGGGAUGAGUCUUUCAAUAAAACAUGAAAUUUGAACAAGG